AUGACGGACGCAGAAUACAACUGUGGUGAUCCAAACGGCGAUGUCGCUGGCUGGGGCGUGGUUGUCGCCACGCUUUGCGCAUCUACUCUGAGCAUCAUCCUUUCGGCGCUAUGUCUAGCCCUCCAUGUGAUGAACCAUAGGAAUGGGAAUGACCCACAGAGCAAGAGAUUCAAGCUGUUCACGGCCGUCAGCGCAUUCCUCAUGGAACUGAGCCUCAACCAGAUCGUCACCGGCUUCGCGCUGUACGUGAGCGCUAUGAAGUUCUACGGCAUCUCCUUGGAACCCCACGCGCUGCUCGCCGUCCGUCUCAGCGAGCUCAGCGCCGUCAGUCAAAUUCAGAUCGUCAUGGUCGCGCGCGUCGAGCGGCAGGUAUCGCUUCAUCUUCGCUGGAUCUCGAGUCUGCUGUACGGAUGCACCGCCACGUUCUGGAAUGUUGUCAUCCUGUUCCGUAAUAAAAGCGAUCGCCUUGAGAUGAUUGUCGGAUUUCUCUUCCUGUUCGUGCUUCAGUCGUUCCUGAUCGCCUGGACUCUCCUCUACAUCUUCCUACGAGCGAAGCAGAGAAUGCUUUGUCCAGAACGAAUCGUAUUCCGCACAGAUGCCAUAUCCGAUCGUGGGGUGCGCUUCUUGGAAUUCACGGAAAGACUCGUUCUGCGUUGGCCAUAUGAUUGGCCCGGGCUUCGAAUCGCUGGCUCGGUGAUUGCUCUCGCUUCAAACCUUUACCUGACGUACACGGUCUGCAAGCUCAAAUUCUUCACGUAUGAGUGGAAGGGCAAGAUGUGCAAAUUGGCGAACGAGCAAGAUGAUCGGACCACAUUCGGACAAGUCCUCGCUAUGAUGAUGAUGGCAUCAAUGGCCUACUCGCUCAUUGAGUCUGGCCUCUUGGCGAUGCUUCUCACCCUGGCGUGGUCAUCUCUUGGUAUGCACGAUUCGAAAUGUCGAAACGUGUUCACGAAACAAAUCAAGAUUGCUGAUAUUGGCUUUUCAGGAUGUUUGCGACCAGGCAGCAAAUCGAGUUCGAGGGUAGAGCUAGACAACGACAUAAGUUAUCGAUCUAUAGGCUCGCCGGAAGUAGCUCUAGAUACGAGUGGGUUUGGAGACGCUUUCCUGGAUGAUAGAAUUCAUCUUGUGCGCAAGCCGCCUUUCGUCCAUGCGCUCAGCUACUCGUCAGCGGCUAGCACGGAGGACAGUCGAUCUUGA